GCAUGCUAGAAAGGAAAUGGAGGGAAGGAGUGACGACCAAGUGAAAACAAUUCAGACUAGGCUAAAAUAGCUAUGCUGGAAAUGAAUAAUAACACUUCAUUAAUCAGGACACUUAGUAACUUCAUCUUAUCACACACAAGACUGCAACAUUUAUCCACGAGGUAUCAAUAAACGUUUCAUAAAAAAACAAGCUUCACAUGUGUCGGACUUAAAAAUCCCUAUAUUAGAAUCAUGUUGAAAACAACAUUGCAUGGGCACCAUAAUACUUUAUUUUGCCUUGCUAACAGUAAUGCUUUCUUGACGGAGGUUUUGUAUCGUACCAUUGCAUUAGCCAUUACUCUUCUCCCUCCCCUCUCCGUGAGGUUUGUGACGCCAGAGGAGAAGAAGAAGCAGGGCAUCCAGCGGGACAACGAGGUGCUGCUCCAGAGACGCAAGGACCAGAUCCAGCCCGGGGGGGCCACGCUCAGCGUCACCGUGCCCUACAGGGUCAUCGACCAGCCCCUCAAACUAGCUCCGCAGGACUGGGAUCGCGUGGUGGCCGUUUUCGUGCAAGGUCCUGCCUGGCAGUUCAAGGGCUGGCCUUGGCUGCUACCUGACGGAUCUCCUGUGGACAUUUUCGCUAAAAUCCGAGCCUUCCAUCUGAAGUAUGACGAGCAGAAGAUGGACCCCAAUGUGCAGAAGUGGGACGUGACCGUGCUGGAGCUGAGCCACCACAAGCGCCAUCUCGACCGGCCCAUGUUCCUGAAGUUCUGGGAGACCCUCGACAGAUACAUGGUGAAACACAAGUCGCACCUGAGGUUCUGAGCCUGGACCGUGGCCUCCUUCCUCCACAGGUCCCGUCAAGGCAUUUAUAAACUCCCGCCCCAAACCUAGCCUUCCUCCUCCCCACCAGGACUACCACUAGAAGAGAAAGGAGACACACGGGCCCACAACACCCCCCCACCAGCACUUUGGGGACCCAGAAUAGACCCGCGUGUUCAGAUAGUA